ACAAAUGUUUAUUGAUAAGCGGCUUACAACGCUUUCCAAAAGUGGAAAUAAUAUAAUUUCUUAUGUUUAAUAAAUCAAGCACUCACUCAAUUUGAAUAAUCUGCAAAAAUGGGUCUAUUAUCUGACCCUGAGUAUGGUUCUAUGAGGUUCAUAAGAGUAUUGAAAAGAAUUCAUUACCCACUAUGUUUUCUUUUCUACAUCGGUGCAAUUGUGUGGUUCUUUUUAUUAGCAAACCGUGAAUUUAACAACGAAACGUAUUUUUCGGAAAACGCCUUGCUUCCCGGCUUGGUCACUAACGAGUUUUCUGGCGAGCAAGCGGCUAAACAAUUUUACAAUGAACUCUUGAUGGAACUUGAGGAUAAAUAUGAUGAUACAGAUGAGAUGCCGGUGCCGUGGUUAGUGGGUAAAAUGUCACAGCUGCAUUUGGAGGUGUAUACACACAACUUUACUCUCAACUACCCUUUGGGACAAGGCCAGGUAUUCAAAGGCACAAAUGUGUAUGGUAUAUUACGAGCGCCGCGCACUUCAUCACUAGAGGCGUUGGUGCUAACAGCUCCGUACAGACCAUUGUCUUCACACCAGAAGGGAACGGCUGCUGGGAUCGCUUUGAUGUUGGCGUUUGCUCAGUUUGCUAGACCAAAAAAGUACUGGGCCAAAGACAUAAUAUUCCUUGUGACGGAACACGAGCAAUUGGGCAUGCAGGCUUGGCUUGAAGCAUACCACGGCUUACAGAGCGACUCUGGAACAUUCUACACGAAUCUGGGCAGUUUCUACGACCCUAGCGCAUCCAUGUUCAGUAAUAAAAAGUCGAAAUUCCGUAAGGGUUUCGAAUGGUGGACCGAUCACAGCAAGUGCUUGGACCCUGGGAGCCUGAAGGGCCGCUCUGGGUCUAUACAGGCGGCCAUCAAUUUAGAGUUUCAUACGCCGAAAAUUAAAUAUGUGGAAGUGAAAGUGGAAGGUCUCAAUGGUCAGCUACCCAAUCUGGAUUUGGUGAAUUUGGUCCACAAAUUGUGCGUCAAGUCUGGGAUUCAUCACUCGUAUAAGAACAGCUACGCCUGGCUGCGAAAUCGUAACAUGGACGCGUGGGUGGACGGCAUCUGGACGAUGCUCGGUAUGAUGUCCGCCCAAAUUGCUGGCGUGCCAAACGGCAACCACGGCCUCUUCCACCGUUUCGGCAUAGAAGCGGUGACCCUAGAGGGUCGCGACACCGACGACCCCUCGGGAACGCCCCCGAGAGCGGCCCACCUGACCCCCGCCAAUUUCUACCGCCUCGGGAACGCGUUGGAGAGCAUAUUCCGUUCCCUGAACAAUUUGCUGGAGCGAUUCCAUCAGAGCUACUUCUUCUAUUUGCUGGCAGCGACGGACAGGUUCAUAUCCAUCGGUCAAUAUAUGCCAUCUUUGUGUCUUCUUUGCGGCGCUUUGUUGAUCCGAGCGUUGUCGCUGUGGGUGACAAUACAAAAAGAAGAAAGUGUCGAGAAAAAGAAAGAGAAAGAUACAGAUUCAAGCGCAAAAGAUACAGAAGUAAAGGAUAGCGACGCGAAAGAGAAACCCGAAGGUUUGAGGAGGCGCGAGAAGUUUACAGAGCAGGAAAAAGAGACGGAAAAGUUAAAAGAUAGUGAAGAAAAGAAAGAUAGAUUGGAGGAAGUGAGCGUCGUCAGUAUUGGCGCGAAUUAUUUUUUGGUGCAUCUGAUUGGCUACGGAGUUAUGAAUUCGCCAAUUAUUUUUAGUUAUAUUGGUGCGAAAUACUUCGAUAAGCCGUCCGAAGUGUCGGUGUACUACGGUUUGUUAUGUAUGUCCGUGUUGAUAGCGGUAACCGCGCCGUUCUUGCUGAAACUCUUUCGGACGAGGCCAAUUAAUAGAGAUGAAUUGACUAUUAUAAACAUCCUGCUGCUGAUAGAGAUGUCCACCGUGUGUCUGUGCGUCGGCAUGCACAACAUAUCGCUCGGUCUGUGCCUCUCGGUGCUGUACACCCCCCUGGGGCUGCUGGUGGCCGUGGGAGGGGAGGGAAAGUGGAGUAAAUUUAUCUCAACAUUGAAACGGCUCGUGUGCCUCCUGCUGCAGCCUCUAGUGGCGCUGACAAUAGCUAUGAUGGUGUAUUCCCGGGUUCUGUUCCCUGAGGAGGCAGUUUUGGGCGCUUUGGGGAGGGGGAGGGAUGCCGCCAUGCAGGGUGUGAUGUUCGCUAUUGUUGACUCUUUGAUUUACGGGAAUUGGUUGUUCAACGUCGUGACAGCAGUAUUGUUGCCAACAUGGAUUAUUUCUUGGCAAAUUUUAUGCACUUCAGUCAGUGUUUGAUUAUUUAAUUGUAAUAAUGAGAAUUAGAAAUAAAUAAUUUAUUUUA